GCGCCGAAAACAGAAACCUCAGUGAAGCUGUAGACUUAGAACUACGUUCCUAGUGUUGAAGAACCGACGAAAAUUCGAACCUCCCGCCACAAGGAUCGGAUGUCUAUGGUACACCAGUGCGUGAGCGCCAUCUAACGGCCAAUUAGCAUACUGAUUAGAGGGAUUACUCUCCGUUUGGCGGGUUUUAUGUCUUGGACCGUCGCCCGCGGAAGGUAGCUUAUCAACCCGUCACGGCGUGACGCAAUCGUUCGGGGCGAAGCAGGAAGCGAGACGCGCACUGGCAAGUGCAGAUCGUUAGAUCGAUUGCUGCGGAGAGCGCGAAAUCGCGAGUCGCCGCCCGGGGGAGUGCUAAGUGUACGCACACUCUCGCUGCUAGACCCUUACGUAACGUCCGACGCCGCCAUCGGGGGAAGUUCUCCUGCCAGCCAGCGCACACGGUUCCCGGGUUCACAGGGUUGGCCCACAGGUCGCGCCAUCGGUCGACGCUGCGAGGGAACUGCCUUGGGUCGACGGGCUGUCACGCUACCACGUCCACGUCCGUAAUUGGUUUAAUUGAAUUGGUUUGCAUAAAACUUUCUACCGGUACGCCGGCAACGACGGCGCAUACCACUAUCGAAGCGUACGGUAAAGUGUCCAACAAAGUUCAGUGCGGUGAAACAUCGCGAAGCAGACGAUAGUUGUUUGGCGCUCCAUUGGAUAGCCGACGCCAGGCGGAGAACGCGUCCGACAGUGGCGAAAGUGAAAAUCCUGACCCAACGCCUCUGGUCUAGAGAGUGACUCUAGUGGUGUGCUGGUUGUUUCGAGAACUCCGACGCGCCAUGGAGAUUUGGUUGGUUUGUUUGGGGUUGCUGUUGCGGCUGCUGAACAUACUCCUGAAGCCGAUCGUCGCGUUUGUCGGUGGCUCCAAAAGGACUGCCCGCUUCCCGGAAAUCCGCAACGAUAUGCUCAACAUUCCGGCCGUGGAUCUGGCCGAACGGAUACGGAACAAGGAGCUCCGCUCCGAGGACGUCGUGAGAGCCUACAUAGAGCGGAUCCGUGAGGUUAACCCGCUGAUCAACGCCGUCGUCGAGGAGCGUUUCGAGGCCGCCAUCGAGGAAGCGCGCAAAGCGGACACGCUGAUCGCGGAGACGCAACCCAUAUGGCUGAUAAAGAACUACCCGCUGUUGGGCGUCCCGUUCACGGUGAAAGAGUCCUGCGCGUUACGGGGCGCCCCCAUCACCGGUGGGUCGCUGGCGCGCAAGGGUCUGAAGGCGACAGCCGACGGUGAAGCGGUGGCCCAUCUGCGUACGGCCGGCUGCAUUCCACUGCUGGUGUCCAACACCCCCGAGUACUGCCUGAACUGGGAGUCGUACAACCACAUCACCGGGCGCACGCUCAACCCGCACGACAACCGGCGGACUGCGGGCGGUUCGUCCGGCGGCGAAGGAGCCCUGAUCGGGGCCGGUGCCUCGUUGUUCGGUGUGGGCAGUGAUGUGGCCGGUUCCAUACGGUUACCGGCACACUUUAACGGAAUCUUCGGCCACAAGCCAACGGCGGGUGCAAUCUCGAUCCGGGGCCACUUCCCGAUGUCGACGGACGAGAAGUUCGGCCGACUACUGACAGUGGGGCCGAUGUCACGGUACGCGAAGGACCUGCCAACCCUGCUCCACAUCAUGGCCGGCCCGGGUGCGGCCAAACUGCGGCUCGGCGAGAGCGUCUACACGCGGGACAUUCGCAUCUUUUACGCCGAAGAUAUGGGCUUCAAUCCUGGCCACCUGCCGGUCGACGACGACAUCAAGAUGGCACUGUACCGUGCGGUGCAGUACUUCAAGGGGCACGGCCUGUCCACCGAGCGGUUCGAGUUCGACAACAUGCCCGAGGCGAUGGAGCUGGCGUUCAGUGUGCUCCAAUCGCUCAGCGACGUGCCGAGCAUCUUCCAUAAUCCCGCCAACCCCAAGGCACCGCACAGCCUGCCCGUGGAGUUGCUGCGCAGUGUCCUGGGGCGGUCCCAGUACAGCCUCGCCGGUAUCAUGUUCUACGUGAUAUUCGGUCUGAAGAACUUUUUCACCACCGACCGGCUCGACGCGUACCUCCAGAAGGCGGCCCAGAUGCGGAAGCAAAUGAUCGACACACUCGGCACCGAUGGCGUGUUUCUGUUUCCCACCUUCCCGACCUCGGCCCUGCGGCACUACGAGUCCUUCGGUCACAUCAUGGGCGUCGGCUACACGAUGCUGUUCAACGCCCUCGGGCUGCCGGCCACUCACGUGCCGCUCGGCUUCGAUCGCCACGGGCUCCCGAUCGGCAUCCAGGUCGUGGCGGCCCCGUUCCAGGAUCGGCUCGGUCUGUGCAUUGCCCGGGAACUGGAGGCCGCCUUCGGUGGGUGGAAGGCACCCGAAUGAGGGCCGCCCGAGGCCGGCGUUACCUCUUAACCCCCCGGCGGAAGCCAGAAUGGGAACGGAGACCAUGGGUGGCCAGAAGUUUAACUCGAAUAAAUUAAAAUCUAUUU